AAAGUGUUUCCCUCCCCUUUGGCGAGCAUGUUGUCAUCAUCAUAUUCCUUUCUUUUCCUCCAAAGGCUGGUAAAUCAAAAACCACUCGUAGGCCCAGACGAGAAGAGGGGAACUACUACCUACGGUGAUGGAGACAGUGCUCGUGUCGAUCAUGGAGUGGUGAAGAAGAAGAAGAAGAAGAAGAAGAAGUGUAUACCACAACAUGGUGGUAGGGGAAGAUCGCACGUAGCUUGUGUUAUAUAAAGCAGCGGUAAAGGUUUGUGUUAUCUUUUGGGACUACUACUACUACUACUUCUGCCACAAACUCCAAGGUGUAUGUUUCUGUUUCUCAUCCCUUCUUCUUAUUAGCAAACUAAAAACCACAUCACACUACUACUACUACUACUACUACUUCUUCUACUUCCUAAUGUCCCUUGUUUGAACUCUUCUGGAAUCCGAUGAUGGCUUUCAUGUGCUAGCUAGCUAGGCCUUUUUUCAUUAUUAUUCUUUCAUUCUUUCCUGCAUAUAAUAACAACCUCACAUUCUUUUCUCAUUACAGUUCAUUAUUUCCCCCCACUUACAGAUUCAAUAUUCAUUAUAGGAAAACACUUCGAAUUUGUAAAGAUAAAAAACCGACGUUCGUUUGUUCAUUUUCUCCGUUUGUUAAAUUAAAAUUCAUCGGAUUCCUUUUUUUCUUGGACAUAAAAGAAUUCGUUAGAAAUUUUUCACACACUGCAUUUUCUUUUCUCUCUUUCUUGACAUACUCAUGCAAAAUUAAGUUUUUAGAAACAACACAAGGGAAGCAUUUUGUUGCAUAGUUAACUAUUACUAGAUAAAGAGAAAGGGGAAGGGAAAAAGAAGCAGCACAACACAUAGCAUUGGGGUGAGUGAAGAAGAAGCAAGCGGCGUUACAAAAACCAAAACCUCAGACGAUGUUGGCUGGGUGUUCUAGUUCGACAUUGUUGUCACCAAGGCACAGAUUGAGGAGCGAAGCACCAGCACAGUUUCAAGCCUGCCACUUCCAGCUACCUUCUUCCAUGAGCACGCAGAGAUUGGACCUGCCAUCAUGCACCACCGCCACCUUCACUCGCAACAACAAAGACCAUCAUCAUCAUCAGCCCCUAAGACCAGUGGGCCUCUCCGUGGAUCAGAAACACAUCGAAGCCAAGACCAGCACCUGUUCUCUCAAGCAACACAUUCGACUCCCACCUCUUGCCAUCACUGCAUCAGCAACACCAUUGGUGGAAGAGUCAUCCAUCAUCAACGACAACAACAACAAGAGUUUGAAGAAGAGGCUCGCGGCGGAACACCACGACGAUUCCUUCGCCAAGAGGAAAAAGAGUAGCAGUACUACUGAGUGUGAUUGGUUUCAGCCUGAUGUUGUUGAGACUACUACUUUAGGAGGGUUUAACAACAACAACACUUCACUUGUUUCUUUCUCCUCAGAGGAACAAGAGAGGGUUUGUUUUCUUCCUUCUGAAGUGGUGUCUCAUUCUGCACCUUUCCCUUUGAACCCCUGGCUGGAAUCAUGCGUAACAAAGAUCACAAAUUUCGGCGAGGGUAGCCACCGUCAUCCUCAUCAUCACCACCACCCCCACCACCACAACGACCAUGCCUCAGGCUCCGUCUCCAAUGCUUCCUCGGAGAGCCAAAGCCUGAGACUAAACGACAACGUUUCAGAACACGAAGUGGGAAACGGUUCAGGGAACCCUUACUACCAUCACCGCAAGGUGGAAGCAGGGGAAGAAGACGACCAUCACGGGUUCGAGCUCGUGAGCUUGCUCACCGGCUGCGUCGACGCAAUUGGAUCGAGAAACGUCACUGCAAUCAACCAUUUCAUAGCAAAAUUGGGUGAUCUUGCUUCCCCCAAAGGAACAACCUCGAUAAGCCGCAUUUGCGCUUACUUCACAGAAGCAUUAGCCAUCAGAGUCACGAGGCUCUGGCCUCACGUUUUUCACAUCGCCGCCGCCACCACUUCACGCGACAUGGUGGAGGACGAUGAAUCCGCCACAGCAUUAAGACUUCUCAACCAAGUAACCCCAAUUCCAAAGUUCCUUCAUUUCACAUCAAACGAGAUGCUGCUGAGGGCCUUUGAAGGCAAAGACAGGGUCCACAUAAUAGAUUUCGACAUCAAGCAAGGCCUUCAAUGGCCCAGCUUGUUCCAAAGCCUAGCUUCGAGGUCCAACCCUCCGAUCCACGUGAGGAUCACGGGGAUCGGAGAGUCCAAACAGGACCUCAACGAAACCGGAGAGAGACUCGCCGGUUUUGCUGAGGUCUUAAACCUCCCCUUCGAGUUCCACCCUGUGGUGGACAGACUCGAGGACGUGAGGCUGUGGAUGCUCCACGUGAAGGAGCACGAAACGGUGGCUGUGAACUGCGUUUCGCAGCUUCACAAGACACUCCACGACGGUAGCGGAGGAGCUUUAAGGGACUUCUUGGGUCUAAUCCGCAGCACGAAACCCAGCGUCGUCGUCGUGGCGGAACAAGAAGCGGAGCACAACCACACGAGAUUGGAGGCGAGGGUGUGCAACUCAUUGAAAUACUAUUCAGCAUUGUUUGAUUCCAUCGAGGAGAGUGGGCUUCCGAUAGAGAGUGCGGUGAGGGUGAAAAUAGAAGAGAUGUACGGUAAGGAGAUAAGGAACAUUAUUGCUUGCGAAGGAAGGGAGAGGGUGGAGAGGCACGAGAGUUUCGGGAAUUGGAGGAGGAUGAUGGUGGAGCAAGGAGGGUUCAGAUGCAUGAGUGUUACCGAAAGAGAAUUGAGCCAGAGCCAGAUGCUGUUGAAGAUGUAUUCUUGCGAGAGUUACAGUGUGAAGAAACAAGAGAAGGAAGGAGCAACAGGAGUUACUCUUAGUUGGUUGGAGCAACCUUUGUACACUGUCUCUGCUUGGGGUCCUGUUGAUGCUGCUGCGGGUACCUCGUCCUCGUUUUCUCAUCCAAGUUGAUUUGAUAUCUGAUUGGUGAUUCGUUGCUGCUGUGGAUUUUCUUUCUUUCUUUCUUCAGAGUAUGAUAUACAGACAGACACAAGAAAGGGUAGGGGUCAGGGGAGGAGAGUAUAAAGAGUAUUCUUUGUAGGUAGGGAAAAUUGUCAUUAUCAUUAUUAUUCUUUCAUUCUUUGUUGCAGAUAAGAUUUGCUAGCCCAAAGAUUAGUUGGUGCAAUUUGUAUCAAUACAGCAAUACUAUACUGCCUUAUGUUCUUAUUUUUAUUAUUUAAUAUAGUCCUGAUGAUGAUGAUCAUGUCUAGAUUUUAUUUCAUACAUUUUAUUCUUUGUUAUGUAAGCUGAAAUUCUUUCCCCGAGUCCUUGUGAUUGAAAUCAAUGAAUUCAGUGAUUUGUUGUGUCCC